AUGCCACCCCGGUCCUCUUCCAAGGCGAGGCAAAGAACGGGGCGGGAGUCAAGACGUCACGUGACCUUUUCUCUCGCGUUCCAUCUCCAUUCCGAUCAAACUCUCGAUGUCGAAGCUCAGAUCCAAGCCACGUCCGGGAUUCCCCUGCUGCUACAUCAAACAUUGCUCCCGCCCAACAAAAUGCGGUGUCACCCAUGGUGA